CAGAAGUGAGCUGGGACUGCGUCUCUGCUGACACCUCCGCAGAUUCAGUGUGAAGCUGGGAGAGAGAAACGCAGACAGAAUGAACAGAGAGACGAGGACAGAGGGAGUGAGAGGGAAGAGUGAAGGAGACUGGGAGAUAUAUUUGAUCGUGUGGGCGUGCAAAGMAUUGAGGCAUGCAUCAUAACUGUGGCUUCUUCUUGGAGCAGCUGGACAAGUCGCAGCAUCAGCAGGACAUCGUUGGUCCUUCAGAGUCAUCUUGGACUUUUAGAGCAGACAGCGACAAAAUGGAAACCGUUUUGCUCCUGCUGGCUGAUGGACCUCAUUAAACGGGGAUACAAAACCCACCUCAACGGACUGAAGUUAUGUCACAGAWAAUGUGUGGCAAAUGCUCCUGUACCGUCAGUAACUGAGAAUCUGAGUCAAGAUUUCAUCUGAGAUGGCCCUCAGCCCCGUCCUCCUCUGUCUCCUGUCACUGAUUGGCUGCAGCUCCUGCCACCACCCUUCUUCUCCCCCACCUCCUCCCCGGGGGUGCAGUGUGGAUGUGGAGCCCCCCUACAGAGUGCUGUGUGACCUGGAGUCAGUAUGGGGUGUGAUCCUGGAGGCCGUGGCCUGCAGCGGGGGUCUCACCUCCCUGGUGCUGGCGGUGCUGCUCAUAGUUAAGCUGCGUGUGGUCUCUGACCCCGCCAGGCGGUCCGGCCUGGGCCCGCUGCUCCUGCUCCUGGGCACGCUCCUCGGCCUCUUCACCAUCUCCUUGGCAUUCCUGGUGGGGAAGACGCAGGUGCUCUGCGUGGUCCGGAGGGCCUUCUGGGGUCCCCUGUUUGCUCUCUGCUUCUCCUGCCUGUUGGUGCAGGGUGUGAGGCUCAGAAGGCUGGUGGCUGGAAGGUCCAGCCCAACGGGGAGCGCCCUGGCAGCACUGGGACUUGCUCUGGCUUUGGUUCAGGGGAUCAUCUCGGCUGAGUGGGUUCUCCUGACCGUCGUUAGGGAGGGUCACCCAGCCUGUGAAUACCCACCUCUGGACUUUGCCCUGAUGUGCAGCUACACCCUGGGUCUGCUCCUCAUAGCCAUGGGUCUCUCUCUUGGCGUGGUGCUGUGCGGAGGAGAGUGGGCAGAGGAAGGAGGAGAUGGAAGAGAAGAAGACGGAGAAGGAGAGGUUGAAAAACGAAGCUGGAAGUGUAACGCWGUCUGGGUCUUUCUAUCCAGUCUGGCGUCAGCGUUGCUGUGGGUGGCCUGGCUGGGCUUUUACCUUUACGGCAGCCAGGCACUGAGGGGAAAGGGGAACAGAGAAAGAGGAGGGAAGCGGGAUCUGAAAGUGUUGGAUGAGCCAGCGCUGGCUGUGGCCUUGGUGAUUCAGGGUUGGAUCCUACUGCUCCUCCACGCUAUUCCAGAGUCGCACUUCUGCCUGCGGAAACCUCAAGAGUCCAACACACAAGAUUACUUCGACACGAGUCGCGCGUCUCCUGCUCCACCGUUUGGAGAUGAGAUCCCUGCACACUCCCACCCACCCUUCAGAGAAAACCAGGCCUUUUCAAUGGAGGAGCACAGUACAA